AUUACAACUGUGGACGAUGAGUGACUGUAUGACGUCACCGUUCUCAACCGUUAAAAGGUGCUCCCUAAGCAGGUUUCGACAUUCAUACUUUCAGCGACAUCCCAGCGGAGGAGAGAGAAGGAUAGAACGAGAUCCGACCAAGUCUUUGGAGUAUGAAGACACUCACGUUUGCGGGUUUGCUCUUGGCGCUGGGGUUUCUUGUCUGCGAAGGGGGUAAUCCAUGUUGCUCAGAGCCAUGCCAGAACAGAGGCGUUUGCACAGCUCUUGGGUCAGAUAAUUACGAGUGUGAUUGCACACGCACAGGAUAUCAGGGACACAAUUGCACAACACCUGAAUUCCUCACUUGGGUCAAAAUAUCCUUGAAGCCAUCGCCAAACACUAUCCACUACCUUCUCACCCACUUCAAGGGCUUCUGGAAUAUCAUCAACAACAUCUCAUUUCUCAGGGAUGCCAUCAUGAGAUAUGUGCUGACAUCUCGAUCCCACCUGAUUGAUAGUCCUCCAACUUACAAUGCAGAUUAUGGUUACAAAAGUUGGGAAGCCUACUCCAACCUUUCCUACUAUACCCGCACUCUCCCCCCUGUGCCAGAGGAUUGCCCAACACCUAUGGGAGUAGCAGGUAAAAAGGAGCUACCUGAUGCUAAGCUGUUGGCUGAGAAGCUUCUAAUGAGAAGGCAGUUUAUCCCGGACCCACAGGGCACCAGCCUGAUGUUUGCAUUCUUUGCCCAGCAUUUUACUCACCAGUUCUUCAAAUCUGACAUGAAGAAAGGACCUGCUUUUACCUCAGCUAAAGGUCAUGGGGUGGACCUCAGCCACAUUUAUGGAAACGAGCUGGAGAGGCAACACAAGCUCAGACUCUUUAAGGAUGGCAAGCUUAAAUAUCAGAUCCUGGAUGGAGAGAUGUACCCCCCAACAGUAAAGGAAGUGGGUGCUGACAUGCACUACCCUCCUCAUGUUCCCGACUCUCACCGCUUUGCUGUGGGCCAUGAGGCAUUCGGCCUGGUCCCCGGUCUGAUGAUGUACGCUACCAUCUGGCUACGGGAACAUAACCGAGUGUGUGAUAUUUUGAAGGAGGUCCACCCGGACUGGGACGACGAGAGGAUCUUCCAGACAACACGGCUCAUUCUUAUUGGUGAGACCAUCAAGAUUGUGAUUGAGGACUACGUGCAGCACCUGAGUGGCUAUCACUUCAAGCUCAAGUUUGACCCCGAGCUGCUGUUCAACCAGCGCUUCCAGUACCAGAACCGCAUUUCAUCCGAGUUUAACACCCUGUACCACUGGCACCCUCUGAUGCCUGAUUCUUUCCACAUUGAGGAGAAAGAAUACAGCUAUAAACAGUUUGUCUUCAACACCUCCCUAGUGACCGAGCACGGCAUCACUAACCUUGUGGAGUCGUUCACCAAUCAGAUUGCUGGACGGGUUGCUGGUGGCCGAAAUGUCCCAGGACCUAUCAUAUAUGUAGCCAUUAAGUCCAUUGAAAACAGCAGACAAAUGCGCUACCAGUCUCUAAACGCCUACAGAAAACGAUUCUCCAUGAAGCCCUACAGCUCUUUUGAAGACAUGACAGGCGAGAAAGAAAUGGCCGCAGUGCUUGAGGAGAUGUACGGACAUGUCGAUGCUGUGGAGCUCUACCCAGGUCUGUUGGUGGAGAAACCCAGGUCUAACGCCAUCUUUGGGGAGACCAUGGUGGAGAUGGGGGCCCCUUUCUCCCUCAAGGGCCUAAUGGGAAACCCCAUCUGUUCCCCGGAGUACUGGAAGCCGAGCACAUUCGGAGGCGGCGUGGGCUUCGACAUUGUCAACACCGCCUCCCUGCAGAGGCUUGUCUGCAAUAACGUUCGGGGCCCCUGUCCCGUGGCAUCCUUUCAUGUGCCCGACGUUAAAGACACGGGGUCCAUGAUCAUCAACUCAAGCACAUCCCAGUCACCUGGUAGUGAUAUCAACCCCACAGUCAUUUUGAAAAAAAGAACUACUGAGCUGUAAUUUGUUUUAUUUUAUAAGGUCAUUUUUUAAUGUAUGUAUUUAUUUAUUAUUUAUUUAUAUAUUUAUUGUAAUCUAUUUAUAAAAUAACUGAGAUUGUUUUUAUAUGUUAUUUUGUCUUUGACUGUGUGACUGGUUUUCUAGAACAAAAGUAUGUGGCUGUGUUUUUUUUAUUGA